AUGUCCAAUGUGGAGCGUGGCUUCGGCAAAUUGCUUAAUGAUGUUGUGAUAGACGUCAAAGAUACUUUACAUUGUACCAUAUCAGCAGUUGAAGAGGUUCUUGCAUUGAAUGGACUCCUGGACGAGAAAUCAGAUUAUAACUAUCGAUGUCGUGGUGUUUCUCAAGCAUAUUUACCAAACGUACCGGAUCAUAGAAAUCGAGCUUUCUUUGAAGAACGCUUGCAAUUUAAUCAGCCAAACCUACAACCACCAGAAUACACACUAGAACACAUAUCCCAGGAGCUAGAAAAUUCGAUUAAUAACGUUAAUAAAUCUAUCAACGACAUUUUGGGUAGACGUGAAGGGAAUGGCAAUUUCAAUUCUAUGUCGGAACUACUUAAAGAUGAGACAGAACGUUUGAAUGAAGUGAGUGACUUAUUAAGGCGGGAACUGGAAAAUAUUUCAGCUAAUGUGAGGAAUGAAAUAGAGAAACAACAUAUGAAUUAUAAAAAGAAUCCUAGAGAUACGAUCUGGGAUGAUCUUAAUGUUUUACAUGAUAUGAAGGAGAAAAGUAAAAACGAAACUGAAAUUAAUGAAAUCAAUCACAUAAUAGACAGAGUUGUGGACGAACUUCAUGUGACAUCGAACCAGAAAGAACUUUCAGAAGCAGAGAAACUAGAAGAAAUAAGGAAGAAAUUAAAUAAGUAUGCAGAGGGGAACCAAAAUAAUGCCAACAAUGAAAUCUCGGUGUGGAAUACAAAAGAAAUGACGCAUAAUAAAGACACGGACAAACAGAUAGUGGCGUUUAAAGAUUUUGCACAAAAAACACUAGAGAAAAACGACAUGCAACGAGUCGAUAAUAAUAUUGAAGAUGUUUUAAAACAGGAGACAACCCAACAUAAUUCAGAUAAACCUUUGUUUAAUGCUUUUAUGGUGACUGAUAGUUCCAGCCCAUUUUAUGAUCCUAAUUCAAAAACUAAUUCAAAAGAAAUAGUAGAUGAUGCUAAAAAGAUUUUAGAAGAAAGCAUCGAAUCGGAAAACCUUUUAAACAGUUUUUUCAAUGAACAGAAAUCAUCUGGUGUCGACAUGUUUAGUAACACGGGAAUGUUCAACUUUGGUCCAAAAUGA